AUGCCGCUGAUUGUUCUAGAAGUCAUGGAUCAGGACUUCCAGGAGCAUAGACAGAACAAAAACAUGGAGGAGACUGUUGCAUUCCUGGACAGUGACUCACAGCUGACAGCUGCCAUGGUUGACAGGAAGCAGGAGGGACCUGGUGCCAGGGAGCCAGCAUGCAUGCUGUGUCGCCGUGUGGAGGCUGACCCGGACAUCUGCGGUGACAAAAUGGAGAAGUGUGGGCUCUGUGCCCACGUCUUCUGCAUGGUGCGUGGCUCUGGGUGCUCUCUCCGCCAUUGCAAUGGGCAGCUCCUGCCACUCUCUCCUCAUCAGCUCCUCCCCUUUGCUGCAGUGUUUUGCCACUCUGCUUUUUCGCCAAGAGGAGGAUCGUGUUGGACUCAUGGGCUUUCUCCCUCGAGAUAUCCAAAUUGCAGUCUGGCGGGCGGCACAGAAGGUGAGAGCCUGACAAGAGCGGGGAGAUUUGUGCCAGGCGAGGUUUGCCAGAGCUUAGCCCAGACAGCACCAGAGCAAGGCUGGCCCAACAGCCGGCACAGCUGGCUCCCAGCAGCUCUGGCACAGAGGCUCUGGCACAGGAGCCUCCCUCCUCCACCAGGCGGCUCUGUGGGCUGGGACCCAGCAGGGGCCACAUCCUGCGCCCUGCCCGGAGCCGCGGGGCUGCCAGGGGAGGCCCCGAGGCUGCUGCUGAUGGGGCUGCUUGGCUCUUUCCAGCGCUGCUGCGUCUGUGGCCAGAGCGGGGCAACCAUCAUGUGCUGCACGGAGGACUGCGAGAGAUGGUUCCACCUGCCCUGUGCCAAGGAGGGCGGCUGUGUCAAUCACUACGUUACUCCAUACAGGUCCUUCUGCCCUGAGCACCGUCCAGAGCAGGAGGUGCGGGCGACUCCAGAGCCGGGCACCGAUUGCCCCAUCUGCCUGGAGCCUGUGGAGGAUAGAAAGACCUUCAAAACCAUGGUGUGCCCCAAGUGCAAAAGAGCCUGGUUCCACAGGGACUGCAUCCAGGGACAGGCCAUGCGUGCUGGUGCUUUAUUCUUCCAGUGCCCCCUAUGUAGAGAUAAUGAGGAAUUCACUGUUCAAAUGUUCCUCAUGGGGAUCAGAGUCCCUUUCAGACUGCCAACAUGGGAGGACAACGAUGCCUUUGCUUAUCUAGGAGAGAGGCACAGCAUGUGCAAUGCCCGGGAAUGCCUUUACCCUGGAGGCAGGGAGGAGGCAGAGCAAGAGGGGCCCUGGGAAUUGCUCCUGUGCUCCUCCUGUGCUGCCGAGGGCACCCACAGGCGCUGCUCUGGCCUGACAAACAAGACCGACAGAUGGGAGUGUGACAGCUGUGCUGGUCUCGGAACAUCCUCCAGGGAUGAGUCAGAGCUCAGUGGCCCCAGCCUGGCCAGACAGUCAGGACAAGGAUCUGCUCAUGGCUCUUCAGAAUCCGAGGACAUCAGCCCCCGCUCCGGCACGCCAGUGCCAUCGGGGUUGGCUUCCCCGUCCCCAUCUCCAGGGACCAGCGGCCGAAACAGCCAGCAACACCCAGCAUCACAGCAGUCACUGCCAUCUUCCUUGCUGGACACCAGCAGCCCCAGCAGAUCAAGGUCAACAUACAGCAGCUCCCCAGACCCUGAGGACAGGGUCCAUUCCAGACGUGCUGGGCCUGAGCGCAGGCGAAACAGCUCUGGCCCACAAGGUCAGGACCCAAAUCAACCCGUCCGAUCGAGGAGUCGCUGUGACAGGAGCAGCAGGACAGGGCCAACCCGCCUGCAGCGCCGGGCCUCGGAUCAACCUGUGCAGUCCAGGAGUCGCCAGGACAGCAGCAGGAGGACAGCAGCGAGUGCUGAGUGUCCAAGGCGCAGGGGGACACCGUCGGGGAUGUGGGCGUCCUUGUCGGCGAGGGGCCAGAGACGUCGGGCCUCCACUGGCACCUCCAACAGCAGCACGUAG